AUGAGGAGGGUCCCGACAGAGAAGCUCCAGCAGCUCGCCCUCUUCACCACCGCAGUGACCGGAGCCGGAGUGGGAACCAUGUACUACCUCAUCCAGAAGAGGUUCUGGUCCUCGGAGUAUCACCAGUCGGCUCUGCGGAGCCUGGAGUCCUGCUCUGUUGCCAUGGAGACGCUGGGAGCUCCACCUCUGAAGGUCUACAACCUGCACCUGACGGACAGACACAACCAGGUGGACCAGCACCGAGCACAGAUCAAGAUCCCAGUGAAAGGAUCAAAGAGCGGAGGAUACCUGUACACAUGGUCCCAGAGAGACUCUGACAACAGGUGGAGACUGAAGCAGGCCGUCCUCAAGCUGCGGGAGGGACACACCAUCGACCUGCUGGACCCUGAGAGAGGCUCCUGA